CUCUCUCUAGUUUCCAGUUUCCAUCCUUCAAACCCUCGAUCGUUUUUAAUUCCUCUUUCAGGCGAUUCUCACAACGCAGGCAAAGUUUGCUUCUUAGGGUUUCUUUCUUCGUCGAACAUCAGAAUCAGCAUCUUUUUAAGUUCCGUGGAGACUUCUCUGAGAAGUAGUAUAGUCCUAGUAGGAGUGUCUUCUAAUGUUCGUCAAAAAGCUCGUUGAGAAGGCUUCGAAGAAGCCUGCAGGUGGAAAUUUUAACGGUAUAAAAUCUGAUGACGUAAAUCCACGCUUGGUAUUCCAUUAUGGAAUUCCAGCAGGAUCCAUAUCAUUGGCUUACGACUCUAUUCAAAAAAUCCUUGCAAUUUCUACAAAAGAUGGCCGGAUCAAAUUAUUUGGAAAGAGUAAUACUCAGGCUCUACUGGAAUCUAAUGAGGCAGUUCCAAGCAAGUUUCUCAAGUUUAUUGAGAAUCAGGGCAUCCUUCUAAAUGUAACUAUACAAAACCGCAUUGAGGUCUGGGACAUAAGGAGGAAACAAUUAUCUCAUGUGCACAGCUUCAAAGAAGAAAUUACCUCUCUCACAGUCAUUCAACAGACUCUCUACAUGUAUGUAGGGGAUUCUGGUGGAAAUAUUUCAGUUCUAAAGCUUGACCAAGAAUCAUGUCAACUGGUACAGAUGAAAUACUAUAUUCCUUUCUCAGCAACUCAUGGGAAUAACACUGAAGUGGCAAGUGAAACUGCUGUAGUGCACAUACUGCCCCAACCAAUGGCUGAAAGCAAGAGGGUUCUUAUAAUAUUUAGAGAUGGUCUUAUUACCCUAUGGGAAAUUCAGGAAUGUAAAGUCAAUUUUGUAACAGGUGGAAAUAUUCUGCAUUCAUUACGUCAUGAAACAAAGCAAGUAACUUCUGCCUGCUGGGCAUGCCCCUUUGGAAGUAAAGUUGUUGUUGGAUAUGGGAAUGGAGAGAUUUUACUCUGGAACAUUCCUACAAUUGCAAAUUUAAAAAGUGAAUUACUAGCAGAUAGGGAAGAAGUAUGUUUUGCCCAAAAUGUUCCUCUUAGAAAACUUAAUCUUGGGUAUAAGAUGGACAACAUUCCUAUAGUUUCAUUAAAAUGGGCAUAUGCAAAUGGAAAGGCAAGUCGGUUAUAUGUCAAUGGUGCAUCUUCUGCAUCCACAAACUCAUUACAGGUAAUAACUCUGAAUGAGAAUACGGAUGCCCAUACAAUUAAAUUGAUGCUUCCGCUGCCAGAACCUUGCAUAGACAUGGAAAUCAUUUCAUGCACUGGCGACCCAAACAAACAUAAACAGGAUUCUCUUGUGGUUCUAUUGAAGUCAGGUCACCUGUAUAUUUAUGAUGAUUUUACAAUUGAACAGUAUCUAUUACAAUGUCAAUCAAGGUCACCACCAUCAAUUCCAAGGGAGGUUCCAGUAAAACUGCCUUUUGUUGAUUCAAGCAUAACCGUGGCAAAAUAUAUUACAGAUAACAGAAAUCUUUUAAGAUCUCUGAAUGAGGAUUAUGUUUCAAUGGCAAAAGAUUUUCCACAGCUUCUUCCAACUGAUAUGAAAGGAAAUGAUAGGCAUCACUUAAGUUCUUCACACUUCAGUGGGUUUGAAAAGAUUAGAAACUUAUAUAUAACAGGGCAUUGCAAUGGAUCUAUAAAUUUUUGGGAUUUGUCAUGUCCCUUUCUGCUUCCAAUUGCAUCAAUAAAGCAACAGAGUGAAGAUGAACAUUCUUUGAGUGGAAUUCCUGUGACAGCACUGUAUUUUGAUAGCACCUCUUGGGUUCUUGUUUCUGGAGAUCAGAAUGGAGUGGUUCGCAUCUUCAAAUUGAAACCCAAGCAUUUUUCUACAGAGACCAAUAUCUUAUCUCUACAAGACAAUAUCAGUGCAAUAAAAAUUGCAUCCAACCCCAUCUUCCAUGAGAGCACCAAACACAUAGAAGUUGAUUGCCACUUCAUUUGCGAUCUCCUUCUUGAGGGAAGUACAAAAAAGGGAAGCAGUCAAAUAAUCCUUAGUGUUAAACUCAUUAAGAUUAAUAGAGCUGUGCUUUCUAUCAACACAGACUGCAGUUCAAGAUAUCUUGCUGUUGGUUCUGACCAGGGAUAUAUUUCACUCAUUGACAUGGAAGGGCUCACUGUAUUAUUUCAAAAACACAUUGCAAGUGAAUUCAGUAAUGAUGUCAUCUCUCUAGAGUUUAAUGCAUGCAGAUUCCAUGGUUUUGAGAAGAAUGUGUUAUUUGUAGCAACAAAAGACUCGUCAGUUUUGGCUCUUGAGAGUGACAGUGGGAACACUUUGAGCACUAGUAUGGUCCAUCCUAAGAAACCCUCCAGAGCUCUUUUCAUGAAGACAUUGGGUGGACAGGAUAUGUCAGACAAUAUGGAAAUAUGGAAAGCAAAUUCUGUCGAGGAUAGUAGAUCCAAGCAAUCACUGCUACUAUUUUGUUCUGAGAAAUCUGUAUAUCUAUAUUCUUUAAUGCAUGUGGUUCAGGGAGUUAAGAAGGUGUACCAAAAGAAAAAAUUUCAUGAAAGUUGUUGCUUUGCAUCAACAUUAUGCACCCCUCAGUUUGAUGGUGGCCUAAUUCUCCUGUUCACAAGUGGUAAAAUUGAAAUAAGGUCCCUUCCAGAAUUAUAUCUUCUAAAGGAAACCUCAAUACGGGGUUUUACAUUAUCAAAUUCAAAGCCAAACUCAAGAUCUAAUAGUUCAAUUUCAAUAUGCUCUUCAUCUAGUGGAGAACUUGUUCUGGUGAAUGCAGACCAGGAAGUCUUCUUUGUCUCAAUUUUCCAGCAGAAGGAGAUCUAUAGGCUUUUGGACCCUAUUAGUGAGGUUUACAAGAAUGAUGUGAUGGAUCUACAUGAUGACCCUGCUUCUGGAUCUUCAAUCUGUAAAGAAAAGAAAAAGGGCAUAUUCAGUUCUAUUAUUAAAGAUAUAAAAGGAAAUAAAGCAUCGCACAAUCUAUAUGUGGAAGCUGAAGAUUCCAGAGCAACUAUUGAGGAAUUGUCAGCCAUAUUUUCAACUGAUAAUUUUCUAUUGACUUCUGAAAAGAUGGAAGAAAUUUCUACAAAUGAUAAUGAAAUUGAGUUAAGUAUAGAUGAUAUCAACCUUGAAGAUCCAGAUGAGAAACCCAGGGGGCAUAACAUGGUUGCAUCUAAUAAGCAGAAGUUGAGCAACAAAUUUCAUGAAAUUAAAGGUAAACUGAAACAAAUAAAGGUCAGAAAUGAAAAAACUUCAUCAAAAGAGGAGCAUGAAGAUGAGAAGGUCAGUGCAAUUGAUCAAAUCAAGAAGAAAUAUGGCUUCCCUUUGACUGGUGAAUCAUCAAUUGCUAAAAUGGCAGAAAACAAGCUUAGCAACAAUUUGAGGAAGUUGCAGGGAAUCAGCAUGCGGACUUCAGAGAUGCAGGACACAGCUCAAUCAUACUCAGCGUUGGCAAAAGAGGUGCUGCAGAUUGCUGAACAGAAUAGGCGAAGCUUGUAAACCUUCUAGGCCCUGUGUUAUAUUUAACUUUGAUUUAACAAGUGUGUUGUUUGUUUCCUUUUUUUUUUCCUUAUACAUUUGUUCACAGUGAUAAAUAAGAACGCCAAUUUCACCGGUGAAGGAGCCUUUUUCUUCCCUAUUGUCAUAUAGACAUACACUAUUAUUUCUAAUUUUUUGAAAUGGCCUAAGAAAGAACUAUGUUAAUG